AUGUUCAACCUCUCGAACUUGGUGCAGAAAGCCCAGCAGUUCAUUGAGCCGUCGCUCGCCCUCGCCAGCCCGGGCUCCGACCGCCGCCCCUCCAAGGCCGUCCUCUUCCGCCUCCAAUUCCGCCUGCCCGAGUCGCAGAACCCCCUCCAGGAGAUCGCCGCCGAGCUGACGCUGCCCGGCCACCACACCACCCGCACCAGCACCGACGGCCCUCACCCCGACCGCCACCAGGGCAACCACUAUGUCGGCAAGCUCCACCUGAGCGAGCAGUUCCUCUGCUUCUCCACCCAGGGCUCCAGCUUCAUCUCCACCGCCAGCCUGAGCGCUAGCUCCGUCUUCACCGGCCAGACCCACGGCGCCGGCCCUGCAGGCAAUGGCUUCACAAUCCCCCUUUGCGCCGUCCGCCGCGUCGAGCGCCUCCACAGCCAGAGCUACAUGUUUGCCCUCGCCAUCACAACCAUAAAUGGCAUGGUCGACGCCAACCGCGCGAAGAAGGAGGGCGCCGUGCCGCAGAAGCUCACCAUACAGCUGGCCGGAAGCAGGCAGCAGUGCGAGCGCUUUUGCGAUGCCCUCAAGCGCGGCCUGCGCGAGGGAGUCAAGGACGUCGAGAACCUCAAGACCGUCGUGCAGACCUGCUACUCCGAGUACCUCCUCUCCGACGACGCCGGCGCAAAGGAUGGCGAUACCCCUAAACGCCAGCCGCCCGACACCGGCCUGGGAAUGCAGUUCAAGUAUCCCGGCAACCCGCGGAAGCUGCGCGAGCCAACCAAGAUAAGGCUAUGGCGGGAGUAUCUGCGAGAGAACGGUCGAAACGCAACCCUCAUCCGCCAACCCACCUUCCACAAGCUCAUCCGUGUCGGUCUACCAAACCGCCUGAGAGGCGAAAUCUGGGAACUUACCUCUGGGUCAUUCGUUCUCCGCCUACAAAACCCCAAACUCUACGAGGAGACGCUCGCAAAGAACACCGGACGGGAAUCGCUUGCUAUAGAUGAGAUUGAAAAGGAUCUUAACAGAAGUUUGCCGGAAUAUCCUGGCUUUCAGAGUAAUGAGGGCAUCGAUCGCCUGAGGCGUGUCUUGACUGCGUACAGCUGGACAAACCUCGAGGUCGGAUAUUGUCAAGCUAUGAACAUUGUUGUGGCUGCGCUUCUGAUCUACAUGUCGGAACCGCAAGCCUUCUUCCUCCUUUCCAUACUAUGCGACCGCUUACUGCCAGGAUACUAUUCCACCACCAUGUACGGAACCCUACUCGACCAACGAGUCUUCGAAUCCCUUGUCGAAAAGACCAUGCCUAUUCUCUGGGAGCACCUUCAGAAAUACGAUAUUCAACUAUCAGUCGUAUCCCUCCCCUGGUUCCUUUCCCUUUACAUCAACUCGAUGCCUUUGAUUUUUGCCUUCCGCGUUCUGGAUGUCUUCUUCCUAGAGGGCCCUAAGGUUCUGUUCCAGAUCGGACUCGCGAUUUUGCGCAUCAACGGAGAAGAGCUGCUGGAUGCUACCGAUGAUGGUACUUUUAUUUCCGUGCUGAAAACUUACUUUGCUCGCCUGGACGAGUCGGCUCAUCCCAAGUCGGACAACCCCAAGCUGAGGGCGGUUACGAGGUUCCAAGAGCUCAUGGUGAUUGCAUUCAAGGAAUUUGCUGGGAUUACACAGAACACUAUUUCUGAGCAGCGUGCGAAACACAAGGACGCCGUUCUGGACAAUAUUGAGAAUUUCGCAAAGCGGACUUCCUUACGGAACCUCGGCUCGGAAAGCAAGAAGUUGAGCAUGAACGAUCUCGGGUUCCUGUACGACCGCUUCUACGGCGUCCUGUACGAACGCCAGCAAAGGGCCCAGCAAGCGAAGCAAGAAGAGGAACGGAAAGAAAGAGCGAGUAAAAUGAGAGCCUCUCAACUCAUCACUGGCUUCUCGUUCGGGGGUGACGUCGAGAAGGGCAGAGUUGCUCUUGGUCCGAGCCCUACGCAGAUGGACUAUGAUGCGUUCAGGGAGUUCCUUGCAGGUAUCGCCAAAUGGGCUGUCACGGAUUCCCCGACACCACCGGGUGAACAAGAGAAGCAAGUGCACUCAUACUUUGGAGGUAACCGGCCCAAGGUGAAUUCUCAGUGGGGAUCUGGUCCCGAGCCCGCGGAUCACGAAUUUAUGCAACGGAUCUUCCAAAAGUGGAACAAAGGAGACGAAGAGACACUCAACCUGCAAGACGUCGUUUCCGGAUUGGCCGCAGUAAAGGGCAACAAGGACAUUAUGGCGAAUAUCCAGUAUUUCUUCGAGCUGUACGAUGACGAUGACGACGGCAGAGUAGACCGCGAGGGUAUUUUGAGGAUCUCGGAGGCUUUACUGUUCCUGACGAGACGAGGACUGGGCGAUGACAGCUCCCCGAAAGCGUCUACAAACGAGCUGGCGCUGGCAGAUGAUCCUGAAGGAAGGGCCGACGAGUCAAUCCUCAACAGUAUCUCGGCUUUCAUCAGACGCUGCUUCGAAUACGCUGAUCCUGAUCACGAAAUUAACAAGAACCAAGGUGUAGCCGACGCAGCCAAUGACUUCAGCAUUGGCGACGAGGACGACGAAGAGAACUUGCUCGACGUCGACGACGAACCAAAGGCCAAGCCUGUUCCCAAGGAGGAGACGCCGCUCCCAGAGGAGCCCCUCCAGUCACCCAAGCCCGACGCCACAUCGGCCAACCUCGCCUUGGACCCAGCCCACCCGCUCCACAUCACGCUGCCCACCUUCCGCAUGGUCAUCCUCGCCGACGAAAACCUCGAGCACUUCUUCGACCGCGCCUUCGCAAACUCGUUCCGCCUCUCGGACGUGCCCACGUCGUCGGGCGCCAACCUCACCACCUUCGCCAACGCCGGCCGCAACCCGUCAUCCGCGAGCCCGGCCUCGCCGUCCCUGCCCUCGGUCCCCAGCACCGGCGGCAUCGUCCCGCCCGGCAAGGGCCUGCGCGGCAUGCUCGACAACAUCGUCUCGGACGGCAUGCGCGUGGCGGCCGAGGUCAAGCGCCGCAUGGACGAGGCGCAGCGCGAGAUGGAACGCGCCAACGGCGGCCAGGGCGGCGUCGGCGUCGCGGGCAACAGCAACGGCGGCGGCGGAGGCGGCCGUGGCGGCGUCGACGACGACGACGACGACGAGUACGACGGCAAGCACAGCAUCAGCGCCGAGACGCGCAGCCUGCACGAGAGGGACAGGGACCUGCUCGAGGGCGCUGAGACGGAGGACGUCGAGGAGAGGGCCAAGCAUGACGACUCGUUGUUGCCGAACUUGAUCGAUGCGGAGCCGUCGUCGCCCACGGCGGCGGAGGGGAAGGCCGCGAACAGUGAGGCCUUGCAGCCCGGGAUGACGACGAGGGAGAGGGCGGAGAGCAGUGCGAGUAGGAAUGUUAUUGAGUUUGAUAGGGGGUCGACGCUAUAG